AUGGCUCUGGUCGGGCAGGUCGCGACGGUGGCGCAGCUGGUGGGCGUGGACGCGUUCAGCCUCAUCACCAUGAUCGCAGAGGCAGCACAGAUGGUGCGGCGGAACCGCGCCGUCUGCCAGCAGCUGGCCCGCCGUGUCGAGAUGAUCGGCGGCCUGCUGCGGCGGCUCCACGACACGCAGUUGAUGGACCAGCCGGAGACGCGGAGCCCCGUGGAGGGGCUGGAGGAGACGCUCCGGCGGGCGUACCUGCUCGUGCGCUCCUGCCAGCGCCGCGGGUACGCGUACCGGUGCUUCAUGGGGGCGCGCCACGCCGACGAGCUCCGCGAGGUGCAGGGUGAGAUCGGCUUCUACCUCCAGCUCUUCCCCCUUGUCAGCUACGUCGAUGCCACGCUGAACUGGGUGAGGCAUCUCAGUAACAACAAGCAGGCCUCUCAUGACACUUCUUUCCAAGAGGAGUGCAAAGUUCCAGGGUCGCAGGCACUGAUGCCGGCGCAAUCGGUCCAGCCCUUGAGCCUUCAACAGUGUCUUGCCCUCAUUCCCUGUCUGUCUAUCUUCAGAUUUUCUGAGACAGAGCAAAACCCAAAUGGGUUGCUACUGGAAGAGCAAAACCCAGAUGAAAUGCGUCGUCUAGAAGAGCGACAUUAA